AUGAGAGCACAGUUCAGAACAGCUCAGAAAGGACAAGAUGCAUGUUCUAUGGAGUUGAAGAAGCCAGCAAUCACAACAAAAACUGAUGGCAGCAAUGAGACACUUCCUUCGUUAGAAAACCCCCAUCGCUUUUUGAAGAACCGAUUAUCAGCGGAGGAUUUCCCAGAAGAUAAGACGCAGGCUGAAGAGGUUGCACCUCACGGUGAUCGAAGACUUGUGAGCGCAUCUGCAGGAAAGUGGAUACCUUAUCCAGAGGUGAAGGAGCCAACAAUAACGCAGAGAAAACGUAGAACGGCACAAUUGGAACAGGAUAAGCAGAAAAAAAUAGCAGAAGGCUUUUAUCAGACUCGGUCUGACAUUGAUGAUACUCUCGACCAAGUGGAAAGCCUCGAAAUGGAAAAAUCAUCAACAGCUAGGUUCAAAUGGCCGAGAAUAUUAGCAAGCUUUAGAAAAUGA